AUGGCGACCGACACGACAGACUCCUCGUCCGUACCGACAAACUCCCAGGGCACCGACGCCCCUACACCCGUCACGAGCCUGGCCAACGAUGGCACCAGCCGACAAGGCGAGGACACUCUGGGAUUCGGCUGGGACGGCAGCGCCUGUCUGCCCACUGCCUUUACCGCCGGCGGCGCCUCAUCAUCAUCACCAUCGUCAUCACAGCAGCACUGCCAGAAGAAGCGCAAAGUCGACGACUCGGAGCUGGAUCCUCGACUCAUGGGUGUCUGCCCGACAUCGAGGAGCAUCGAGGAGCUCUCCAAGCGCUCGCUCGACCACUUCCCCAACCCCGACCUGCUCUUUCCCAUGCCGGCCCUCGAGUUCGACUUUCGCAUCGCCGUCUCCCUCAACCCCGAGCUGUCGCGCUCCGAGAACAGAGUCCACAAGGAAAUCAUCACCGUCACCAGCGGUAAAUGGUCGGGGACCUUUGGCAACGGUCGCGUUCUGGCUGGUGGAUAUGACCUCGGUCAAGCCCGUGGCUUCCGCCCAAUUCGCAUCGUCGAAGGCGCCUUUGUCCUGCAGACCGACGAAGCAGCUCCUGCAGUCUUUGAGAUGCGCACCCGUGGCUCCCUCUCUGGCCCUUGCAACGUUCUCGACGUCCUCCUGAGCCCCCGAAAGGCAAAGGACAUUGACCCACGCCAGUACAGCUUCCGCAUGUUCUGCACCGUCAAGGCGGCCGACAAGCGCUACGCCGAGCUUGUCAACUGCGGCCUCUGGGUUGCCAGCGGCGUUUGGAAGGGCGAUGAGCUCAUUAUCGAUGCCUUCCGCGUCACGUAA